AGGAGGAGAAGCGGUGGGGAGGCGCAGCCGCUCACCUGCGGGGUAGGGCGCGGAGGAGGGAUCGGGGCUGCGCGCUCUCGGGCCGAGGAGCCGUCGGGACGCGCCCGGAGCCCCGCACGCAGCCAAGCUCCGGGCGUCCCCCUCCCCUCGGCCGGGCGAACCCGAGGGGUGCAGCUCUUUGCUUUGACAGACCAGCCCGGCGGAGGCUUGGAGAGCGUCGAGAGAGCGAGCGACCGAGCCAGGCAGAAAUUCGAGCCGGGAACAAAGAGGGGUCGGGCUGUGUGUGUGUGUGUGUCUCGGCUCCAGCUCCUGGCAGAAGCAUUUAGGUCCGAAGCCCCUGCUGUGACACCCCGAGACCCCACGGUGCCCUCCACUGCUGACUCCUAGCGCUCGCCGGCAAAAACUUUAUUCUUGGCAAACUUCUCUUUCUUUUCCCCUCCUCCUCCGCCCCCACCUUGUCUUCCUCCUCCUCCUCUAGCAGAUUAAACGCGUCUGGAGAAGGAAAACCGAAGCGAAAGGGAAGGAAAUAAGAAGCUCUAUAACGGACAUAUUCCAACACGGGUCGCUCUUUAUUUUUUCUCCCCUCCAGGAAGUGGACAUUUUGUUCCCUUUUGAUUCUCCUGAACCUUCUCUGCUGGGGUAAAAGGAGACUUUUUGCCCAGCUCUCCUCUAUUCUCGGAAAACUUCCAACUCGGCAUCCGGGGGAGCUAGGGUGGAGAGGUUUACGUAGAGACGCGCCGACGGACUCUCCUCUGCACUUUGGAGAGUCGUGCCUCCUCCAGAACAGGCGUCCUCUGCGCGCAGACCCCGGAGGAGCUGGGGGCGUGGGGUGGCCACCGGAGCAGCCAACCCUAGAGCACCCCACAUUGUGCCGCGCAGACGCCCGCAGAGGCGCCUGCUGCGGCGGCCCUCGCAGCCGGGUGCCCAUCAGCCUCGAAGGCGGGCGCAGGCGAAGGUCUCCGCGGAGCGGGAAGGCGCGGGCGGCCGCCGGGGCUCAGGCGCCGCCGCAGCUGCUCGGGCUGCGGGCCGCCGGCCCUGAGCUAGCCGGCCCAACUUCCGCCCACUCUCCUCCCUUACGCAUCCUUCCAAUUCUCCUUUCCUCACCCCCCCUUUCGUUGACCCGCUCUCUUUCCUGCUGUCGCCUUGGGUGCUCCCCCAGCAGAGCGGAGAUUACAGAGUGGUCGGGAUGCCCCAACUCUCCGGGGCAGGCGGCGGCGGCGGGGGGGACCCGGAACUCUGCGCCACGGACGAGAUGAUCCCCUUCAAGGACGAGGGCGAUCCCCAGAAGGAGAAGAUUUUCGCUGAGAUCAGUCAUCCCGAAGAGGAAGGGGACUUAGCCGACAUCAAGUCCUCCCUGGUUAACGAGUCCGAAAUCAUCCCGGCCAGCAAUGGACACGAGGUGGCCAGACAAGCACAAACCUCUCAGGAGUCCUACCACGACAAGGGCAGAGAACACCCUGAUGACGGAAAGCAUCCAGAUGGAGGCCUCUACAACAAGGGACCCUCCUACUCGAGUUAUUCCGGGUACAUAAUGAUGCCAAAUAUGAAUAAUGACCCAUACAUGUCAAAUGGAUCUCUUUCUCCACCCAUCCCGAGAACAUCAAAUAAAGUGCCCGUGGUGCAGCCAUCUCACGCAGUCCACCCUCUCACCCCCCUCAUCACUUACAGCGACGAGCACUUUUCUCCAGGAUCACACCCGUCACACAUCCCAUCAGAUGUCAACUCCAAACAAGGCAUGUCCAGACAUCCGCCAGCUCCUGAGAUCCCUACCUUUUACCCCCUGUCUCCGGGUGGUGUUGGACAAAUUACCCCACCGCUUGGCUGGCAAGGUCAGCCUGUAUAUCCCAUCACGGGAGGAUUCAGGCAACCCUACCCAUCCUCACUGUCAGUGGACACUUCCAUGUCCAGGUUUUCUCACCACAUGAUUCCUGGUCCUCCUGGUCCCCACACAACUGGCAUCCCUCAUCCAGCUAUUGUAACACCUCAGGUCAAACAGGAACACCCCCACACUGACGGUGACCUGAUGCACGUGAAGCCUCAGCAUGAACAGAGAAAGGAGCAGGAGCCAAAAAGACCUCACAUUAAGAAGCCUCUGAAUGCUUUUAUGUUAUACAUGAAAGAAAUGAGAGCAAAUGUCGUGGCUGAGUGUACUCUGAAAGAAAGUGCAGCUAUCAACCAGAUUCUAGGCAGAAGGUGGCAUGCCCUCUCCCGUGAAGAGCAGGCUAAAUAUUAUGAAUUAGCGCGGAAGGAAAGACAGCUACAUAUGCAGCUUUAUCCAGGCUGGUCUGCAAGAGACAAUUAUGGUAAGAAAAAGAAGAGGAAGAGAGAGAAACUACAGGAAUCUGCGUCAGGUACAGGUCCAAGAAUGACAGCUGCCUACAUCUGAAACAUGGUGGAAAACGAAGCUCAUUCCCAACGUGCAAAGCCAAGGCAGCGGCCCCGGGGCCUCUUCUGGAGAUGGAAGCUUGUUGAAACCCAGACUGUCUCCACGGCUUGCCCAGUCGACCCCAAAGGAGAACUGACAUCAACUUCACCCUGAGGUCACUGCUAGAGACACUGAUCCAUAAAGACAAUCACUGCCAACCCCCCUUUCAUCUACUACAAGAGCCAAGUUCCAAAAUAAAGCAUAAAAGGUUUUUUAAAAGAAAAUGAAAAAGCACACGAGAAUGCUAGCAGGCCCUGGGUCAGCUAGCAGCUUGCCUCCCCUCAUGUCCGCCACGCACUUCCCAGAGCAUCUUGCAACCACACCUGUAACCUUUGGCAAGGACAGCAGCUUGGCUGCCUUUGCCUGCCAUGAGCAACCGGCCGGCAGCCAGCACAUCCAUCAGCGUCCUGGUGGGGAACUUGUGGAAGAGUUCCCUCUUUGUCUCCAUUCUUCUUUCUCUUCUUUUCUCCUAAAGCUUUUAUUUAACAGUGCAAAAGGAUGAAUCUUCUGUUUGCUUUUUUUUUUUAAACUUGAAUUUUUUUAAUUUACACUUUUUAGUUUUAAUUUUCUUGUAUAUUUUGCUAGCUAUGAGCUUUUAAGUAAAAUUCAAAGAUCUGGAAAAGUUUGAAAUAAAAGCGAAAUGAAAAGAAGCCGCCUUUUUUUGAGUGACAUUUUGUCCCUAAUGGCUUCUCUGUGAAUGACCUGUAACAAAUAGUGGCCUCUGUCUUCUAAGGUGUUCGAUGGAGCUAAAUAAAUGUAACAGCCAAAUCCACUGUUGGUAGCAGUUGGCAGUACUAUUUCAUUUUAUUUUUCUUGUGAUCUCUCCUUUUUUUUUUUUUUUUUUUUUUAAUGGUAAACCUUAACAGAUACUUUCAGUAGACUGGUUUGCAGUGAAUUUUCAUUUCUUUCCUUCUCACUCCUUUCUUGUAAAAAGCCCAGCACUUGAAUUGUUAUUACUUUAAAUGUUCUGUAUUUGUAUCUGUUUUUAUUAGCCAAUUAGUGGGAUUUUAUGCCAGUUGUUAAAAUGAGCAUUGAUGUACCCAUUUUUUUUAAAAUAGCAAGGCACAGCCUUUGCCCCAAACUAUCAUCUAAUGUUUGUCAUUCCAGUUUGAGUUAACGUGCUGAGCAUUUUUUAAAAGAAGCUUUGUAAUAAAACAUAAAAAAAAAAAGUGUCAUU